AUUUCAGUAGAACAACAAACUUGUGAUUAAAAAACAUUUGUUAUCAGAAAAAUUGUCAAAAACAUGAAGUCUGAGAAACUGAAACGAAACUUUUGGGUCUCCGCCGAAAUAGAGUGCAUGCUAGACUUGAUUAAGGAAGUGAAUAACUGCCAAGGAGCCCUGUCCACGAGCACCACCCAGUACACCUUCAUCCAAAUUGCCAAUCAGAUGAAGAAAAGAGGUUUUCCAAACAAGUCGCCAACCCAAAUCAGAAGAAAAUGGUUUCAAAUGAAGAGUGCUUAUCUGUGUUACAAAAAGGGGAAUGUUGAUCGACUAUUUCUAAUACCCGAGAAAUUCCGCAAUGAUAUCGCUCGUUUCGUAGAAAGCGGCGAAAAAAUUGGACGUUCCAACCUAUCCACCAUCUCAACUGGAACUCCGGCUGUAGCGCAACAAACUCAGGAAGUACUCUCGGAGGAAGAUUCGUCUCCCAUGGAUAUGUUCCUGAAUCAAAUCCGUAAAAACAAUAAAAUGAUUAAUUCGGAGUUCUUUAAAAUGGAGGAAUCGUUACAGCAAUUCGAGCAAAAAUGCCAGUUUAUUAGAGAUAGAAAUAUUAAUAAGCUAAUCGAUGGUUAUUAGCUCCAUAAAUAUAAUUUUAUAAUUCUAGUUGUAUAGUAAAUCCAAUAAAAUGUAAACAAAUCUGA